CCGCCCAUAAUCAUAGUACGCUCCGCGACAGAUACAUCAAAGUAUCUUUUUCUGCACCUCCGAAAGUUGCUCUGCUCUCCGAUAUCGUGUGCACCUUUUGCUUUUGCUCAGCCACCCAAGUUGCUCCCAUGAAUAAAAAUGUUCGCUUUCGGCGCGUAUCUCUCGAAGCUCUGAGCGACCGGUGGUGUUACUGAGAUUGGGGAAGUGAACGGUACAAAGGAAAUUGUAUAUUGACUCGAAAACUCAGCUAUACUGGAGCAGAACGGAGAAAAUACAAGGGGUGCCGAGUCACCGUCACCCGACGCCAACCAGGAAAAUCGAGCGACGUGUUGGUGGACACCCUGGGCAGCAAUGGGUUGCUUUGGGUCCCCCACCUCGAAGCAGUCCGAUGUGAACUCGGAGGAUUCAAAAAGUCAAAAGCGCCGGAGCGAUGCAAUAUCUAGACAGUUGCAGAAAGAUAAACAGCUCUAUAGGGCCACACACAGGCUGCUCCUGUUGGGGGCCGGUGAGUCUGGUAAAUCAACUAUAGUCAAGCAAAUGCGAAUAUUGCAUGUCGACGGAUUUUCUGAAACAGAGAAAAAACAGAAAAUUGAUGAUAUUAAAAAGAAUAUUCGAGACGCUAUCUUGACUAUUACAGGAGCCAUGAGUACACUUAAUCCACCUGUAGCUUUAGAAAAGAAAGAAAAUGAACCCAGAGUGGAAUAUAUUCAGGAUUAUGCAUCUAGUCCGGACUUUAAUUAUCCUCCUGAAUUUUAUGAGCAUACCGAAGAACUAUGGAAAGACAAGGGCGUUCUUCAAACCUAUGAGAGAUCAAAUGAGUAUCAAUUAAUUGACUGUGCGAAAUACUUUCUGGAUCGUGUUAGCACAAUUAAGAACCCAAACUAUACCCCAAAUGAGCAAGAUAUUCUUCGAUGCCGUGUGUUGACUUCUGGAAUAUUCGAGACAAGAUUUCAGGUGGACAAAGUUAAUUUUCACAUGUUUGAUGUAGGAGGACAGCGGGACGAGCGCAGGAAGUGGAUUCAAUGUUUCAAUGAUGUAACUGCUAUUAUAUUCGUAACAGCGUGCUCAAGUUAUAACAUGGUUUUGCGUGAAGAUCCCACCCAAAAUCGGCUUCGAGAAUCAUUGGAUUUGUUUAAGAGUAUUUGGAAUAACAGAUGGCUUCGCACGAUUUCUAUUAUACUAUUUUUAAAUAAGCAAGAUUUGUUAGCAGAGAAAAUUAAGGCUGGAAAAAGUAAAUUGUCGGAAUAUUUCUCCGAGUUUAACAAAUACCAAACGCCAAUCGACAUAGGUGACGCAAUAAUGGAAUCAAGUGACGACCCAGAAGUAAUACGAGCAAAAUAUUUCAUACGAGACGAGUUUCUACGUAUAUCUACAGCUAGUGGAGAUGGUAAACACUAUUGCUAUCCACAUUUCACAUGCGCCGUUGACACAGAAAACAUUAAACGAGUGUUUAAUGAUUGCAGAGACAUUAUUCAAAGGAUGCACCUUCGUCAAUAUGAAUUGUUAUAGGUUAUCCCCCAUCGCCGUAAUGCAAGUAAAUAAAAAUAUUAAUGACUUACUGUUUUAAAUAUAAUUAUCAAAUGUAAUUUGUAUUUAAAUAGUCCCUUGAUUAAAAGAAAAAAAAAUUCGCUGCA